AUGAUCACCGGCGAGUUCUGGGAUACGUGGCCACCGCAUUUCCAUCCAGGACCAGAGGAGAAUCCUGACACUGGAGAGUGCCUGCCCACGUGUCUCGCGGAUAGCAGCACCUUCAGCCCCGCCGGCAAGUUGACCUGCGAGAGUCGACCCCACUGCAGUCUGGAGGAUGCGUCUCUCUGCGACAAUCCACUAGAGACUUUAGACUUGAAGAAGCCCGCUCAACAACCCGAGAGUACCCUAUGCGUUGACCAGGAAGAACUAGAUGUUCCGCUUCCCCCCCUGGAGCUUCUGCAUCCGAGUCAAGUACUUACUACUGCGCUAGCGGACGUCCGAAAUGCGCGCAGGCUCCACAGAAUCGAGAACACACCACUGAACUUGUUACUGUCGAGUGACGAGAUCGACGACCUGAAAGAAUCCUUCGUGAAGUCGACCACGGGCAGUUUCUUCCUUAGUAAGGAUGGUCUGGCGUGCUUACUCGAGAAAUACCAGAAGAAGGUGUCUGACGCGGAACUGACAUUGCUUUUUGACCAGUUUACGACAUUCAGACCUCAACGGCCCCGUCGCUCUGUCCACGCAGCGGAGGGAGUCGCGUCUAGCACAACAGAGAGCCGACCCGCCACAAUCCAUGCACCGAGGGGCGACAAAGAACCAGCGCCAGCGCAGAACAAGGAUGCGGGUAUCAGUCUCGACGACGACGGGCAAGACAACCACCAGGACGUCGAGGACAAAGGGUUUCCGCUCGAAAAUGAAGGCCUCGACUUCACACGCUUUGCACGCCUGAUGGUACUCGUGUCGCAGGCGGAGCGGCAGCAAGCAGAGUUCGAUGCGGCAACUUUGCCGCCGCCCACCAGCGCUGAUCACCACGCGACCAGCCAGCAGAACUGA